CUACAACGAAAUGCCAGAUUAAAGAAUGAAUCGUCCUGCUGGAGGAAUUCUCGGACGUUAUGUUGCUGCAUGCAUCUUAUCCAAUCUUGACCAGUUGCAGUGCACAGCGAUAGACGUUGCUGAUGAUCUCCGGGGACCCGCCUCUUCUAUCCAACACCUAAUCCUCACCGGUCGUGACCGACUCGGAAAAUCGCCUCUUUAAAAGCAUGCCCAUACUCUCCAAUGUUUCUUCAGUCAGCUCACGAUGGAUCCCAACACUCAUACAGUCGAGCUUACCCACUCCGCUUCCACCAGUACAUCCUCUCUCCCAAACAGUCCCACCGAGACCGUCGUUCAUCACUCUCCCGAAAAGUCCACAUCAACCGUCACCGUCCUCGACGCUGAAAAGCAGGUCAAUCCAUGGGACGGCUACGAGGAGGAUGAAAUGCCCGAAAAGAUCCAGCCGCGCCUGGUGCGCAAUCUACGGCUGCAGGCCUUCUCUAUCUACCGGAGACUAUUCUCGGUCGUGUUCUUAACGAACAUGGGUAUCUUCAUCUCCUACGCAAUUCGUGGAUAUCAUUCUCAGAAGAUCGCGCUCGUCGCCGUUGCGAAUAUAUUUAUUGCUAUUCUCAUGCGGCAGGAACACGUUAUAAACGCGCUUUUCGCAGUCGCAUGUUCUGUUCCUCAGUCAUCGCCCUUCUUCAUUCGUAAGACGGCUGCGAGGGUGUAUCACAAUGGAGGCAUCCAUUCUGGUGCUGCUGUUUCGGGUACAAUCUGGCUCGUCCUUUUGGCGGUCCAAGCGACUAGAGAACUCGUUCAAGGCAAAGAGACUUCGGUGGCGACCGUGUCACUGACGUACAUUGUCCUUGCCUUCUUAGUUGGGGUCGUUGCAUUUGCUUACCCCACCUUCCGAGUCAAGCGCCAUGACGCGUUCGAACGCAUGCAUCGGUUCAUGGGGUGGACUGCGACUGCAUUGGUUUGGUCUCAGGUCGUCGUCCUCACCAAUGAUUACAAGGGGGACAAAUCUCUCGGACACGCCUUGGUACACUCUGCUCCGUUCUGGCUCAUGAUGGUGUUGAGCUGGUCCUUGAUUCUUCCAUGGACGAAACUGCAAAAGGUUCCUGUCCGAAGCGUCGUCCUCUCCAACCAUGCUGUCCGUCUCUUCGUCGACUAUGGUCCACAUCCCGUUCCGGGCUCUUUCCAACGGUUCUCCACGGAUCCGCUCAAUGAAUGGCACAGUUUUGCCACGAUUGCUGCUCCUGGAGUGACCGGUUACUCGAUUAUCAUAUCUCAGGCAGGCGACUGGACGACGGAGAUGAUCACGAACCCACCGAAGGAGAUCUGGGUGAGGGGUAUCCCGACGUGUGGUGCGCUUCGGAUUGUGCCUCUGUUCCGGAGGGUGCUGUUCGUUGCUACCGGCAGUGGUAUUGCACCGUUCACGCCUCACAUACUGAGUGGUAAGAUUGAGCAUAAGCUGUUUUGGAUGGCACCGAAUACGCGUGCAACAUUUGGAGACCCGUUAGUUGAUGAUAUAUUGGCGGCGAGUCCUGGUGCGGUGGUGUACGAUACGCGAAAGCAUGGGAAGCCCGACAUCGUCAAGCUCACGAACCGUCUUGUGGAUGAAUACAAGCCGGAAUGUGUUUGUGUUAUUUCCAACCAGAAGCUGACGGAGAAAGUGAUUUAUGGUCUUCGAAGCAGAGGUAUACUCGCAUUUGGGGCUAUUUUCGACUCAUAGACAUCUUUCGAUAUCUGUCUCCUCCCUCUCUCGCUUAACAUAUAAUGUCCCUCCAAAGCCUGACAUAGUGUACUCAUUGCGUCUGCGACACGAUGAGAAGUAUAUAGAAAACCCUUAGGGCCAUUCGUAGAUGUAAAGAAGUCUUCUACUCCACUUAAUUGA